AAGAGAAAUAGACCGUCUGACACGUGUACUACAAGAAAGGGAAAGGGAACUAGAGGAGGAAAGAAGAGAAAAGGAACAAGUUAGAAACAGACUACAGCAACAACUUGAAGGAAGAGAACGACAACUUCAACAAGCACAGCAACAAGGACAAGAAGGAGAGAGGCAGGCCAGGGAACAAGUCCAGGAUCUUCAACGACUGCUUCAGGAAAAGGAGAGGCAAGCACAGCAACAACUUCAAGAGUACCAACAACAGCUUCAAGAAAGGGAUCAGCAACUUCAAUCAAGAGAGAGAGAAUCUCAAGAAAGAGAGCGACAGCUUCAAAGGCAAGUAGAAGGUGGCCAGCAAAGAGAACAGGAUCUUCAACAACAGCUUCAAGAAAGAGAGCAACAGCUUGAGGAAAGAGAGAGAGAGUUCCAAGAAAGAGAGAGACAACUUGAAGAGCAGAUACAUGUGGCAGAGUCUUCCUGGGUAGUGAAUAGAAGAGAGAUUACAAUGACAGAGGUAGUCCUUGGUAAAGGAGGAUGGGGAGAGGUGAAAGUAGCUGAUUUUCGUGGUCUGAAGGUUGCUGCAAAGUGUCUCUACGAAGUCAUCAUCUCUCCUUAUAACAUUGGGACAUUCUCUCGGGAAAUGAAUAUUGCUUCUAAAAUACGUCAUCCUAACCUCCUUCAGUUCAUAGGAGCGACUACAGAGGGUAAUCCAAUCAUCCUGACAGAACUAAUGCCGACGAGCCUAAGAAAGGAAUUAGAGAGUGGAGGAGUGGCCUAUCCUGCGAUACUGAGCAUCAGUUUAGAUGUAGCCUGUGCUCUCAAUUACCUUCAUCUCUUCAAGCCUCAUCCUAUACUACAUAGAGAUGUCAGCAGUGCUAAU